AUGCUGGACCCUACGACGGGCAUCGAAGUCUACGUACGCCCGUGGCGCGCUCUUGAUCCCUACCCCGAGUACGAGCAUCCAACUCAUCUGCCACCACUGGCGGAGGGCGAAAACAAGAAUGCGCGCUAUCUGGAGGCCGUGACCGAUGAGAGGUUCGAGAUUCAAGUCACGAUCCCAGCAAGUGCUCCGCUGCAUGAAGAGAAGUGCUUCGGGAUCCUUGUCUUCUUUGAGGGGAUGAGGAGAACCAUCGAGCAUUGCUUGCCUGGCCGCGAAAAACACCCAAACCAGCCUUACACUUGUACAGCCGACAAGCUUGCCAUGUUCGACGGAACAAGCCUCACCUUCAAUGCCAUGGUCUUCGGAGCGCUUACGGCUGCGACUAAUCGGCGACUUUCGGCCGACGAAGAAGAAGAUGAGCUGAACAAUCGUGGCAGGAUUGAGGUCAUGAUCUAUCGAGGGACCUUGUAUCUUGGCAAGCCAUUUGAAGAAGACGAAGACCUGUUUCCAACGGUUACUUCGCCGAAGGUGCUGAAGGAAAGAUCGCACUCGCUCAAGCUUAUUGAACUGCGCACAGAUCGCCGAUGGCCGUUGGCAACGCAUUUUACACCGGACGAUGGCGAAAAUAGCAAAGUGGCAGGCUUCAAGUUCUUCUACGGAUCCUAUAAUAGGCGAAGGAUGUUCGACGACAGGUCAGUCUUUAACGGGCGAGUAGAAACACUGGGGAAGGACGGCAUCAUGCGUGAGUCAAACUCGCCGCCCCAAACACGAUUGGCAUACUGCGAUCCUUCGCCCAGCGUUGCCUUCUCGGCUUCUACGACUUCUCGCAACUCUCUCGACCGUGGGAAAGUAGAUGGUCAGAUUCGAGGCUUGCCUGAACCUGCUAUGCCACCAGGUCAUAUGUCUUCUCUAGCGACAAAAGCAGACGGCCUUUCAGUUUCGGCGAGGUUCGACAAAAUUAGGCCAGCCUCCUCACCCGUUCCAGAAUGCCUUGUGUCGGAAGAUGCUGCUGCUUUGAGACAUUCCGCACCGUCACAGGCGACGAUUCCGAGAUCGAACAACCCUGACAACCUAUCAGAAAGCACGUCGAGCGGUGCUCAGCCCGGAUCUUCGCCACAGCUUCCUUUCAAGCAUGCUGAAGCCGAGCCGGCAGAAGCAAAGCCUGCCGAAAUGAGGACAGAGCAGCCUGAAAUCACCGCCGAGCCAGCACGCAAGAAGAUCAAGGUCGAGGUCGUCGAUCUUACCGCCGAUGACACUGACCCUCCUUCGACACAGCCCGUGAAGUCGGAAGUACCAUCGUCAGAUCGAGCGGCACGGCUGGCUGUGCUGGAGAAGGAGAAAAAGAGGCUGUUGCUCAGGCAGGAGGAGAAACAGAUCAUGCGGCGGUUGAUGGAUCUUGAGGAUGGUACAGCAUAG